GCGGGCACUCCUUCGCCUUUAUGCACUUCUUUUGGCAGUUGUCUCCCUAUUUCAAUAGACAUUUAUCACUGAGAGGGGUGUUAUUCCCCAGCCAGGAUUUGAACGAACAUAACCCUAGAUUUCCCCCUUAUAAAUAUGGAUAACCAGGCUUCUUCCUCUCAGAGACGUCGCAUCUCAACGGUGGAGAUACCAUCCUCAUCACCACCUCGUUCUCGACGACCUUCUACUCAAGCAGGCCCUUCAGGGUCUCGUAAACGCCGCCGACUUACGAACCAGAGUGUUUCCUCAACAGCAUCUCAACCCGAAAAUGAACCUAUCGAGUCUAUUGAUCUCACCGAUGUCGAUGGAAAUUCAGCUAUUGCCAAAGUACUGGCGAGGCAACGUGAAGAUGCAGUCGCCGCCCAGCACACAGAUGAUAGCGCAAAUGCGCGCUCACGACUCACUGGUUAUACGUGUCCUGUGUGCAUGGACACUCCUGUAGAUGCUACAACUACGGUUUGCGGUCAUUUAUUCUGCCAUAAGUGCAUUAUCGAGACACUGAAAUUUAGUGAAGAGCAGCGAGCAGACCAUACGGGAAAAACCCCACGGGGUACAUGCCCCGUAUGCAGAAAACCUCUCGCGAGAGCAGAUGCACCCGGAAACAAGAGAAAUCUUAUACCUUUACAAAUAAAGCUUGUUACCAAAAAGCGGACGAAGCACGGGGGUACAUCUUGAAUAUUCGUCUUGAAUAUCUGGACACCAUUUUACUAUCAACUAGGUACAACCCCACUUAUCAUACCGACAUCAUGGAACACCAUAGAAAAGAAGGCUCAUUUGGGGUAUUCCCAUUAUUACAUCCUCGUUUGAGCCUGUGGGGUAUGGUGCCAUGGCGAGGGCCGCUAUUAUAUGAAGCGCCACCAUCACUCCCGUCGAGACAUGUCAGUGCAUAUGACUGCGCUACGGUCGCGAUGUGCUUGCAGCUAUCCAUGCGAAAGACCUGCAACGGCCCGGAGUCUAGACCGUGGUUUAGAGCUUCAACCAACAUGAAAGGAGAAACAUACCUUAUGUACAAUAGUCCAAGAAAUCAAAUUGCCUAUGGCUUUAUAUCAUUGAAGUAGAAGGCAUCCGCUCGGCACUUAGGUGGGUAAAUUAAUUGCGGCAGGG